CUUUGAACAAAAUCCUCCAGAUCAGGGAAGACUUCGGGAAGCCUGUAAGAGCUUCUCCGAUGGGAUGCUUUCUUGCCUGUUUCGGCUUCUCGAAGAAGCGAGGGCGCCGGAAGCUGGCCAACAAACUCCUGUCCGAACACCAUUUGUUGUUCCCGUCUGUUGCAGAGCCAUGGAAGCUACCAGCCUCUGGACUCUGAUGUUUCCGUUUCCCCCACCAAAUUUGACAUCUCAGGGAACCCCAAUAGCUCCGAGUCUGAAUUCAGGUUUCUCCCCAUGAUUGUCUUGGAUUUCUCUGGUUCCGCCUUCUGUUAAUUUUAGUUGACAAAGAACUUCGAUUUCUAUGGUGACCCAACCAGUCGAUUGGGUCGGCCAACAGGUACAAGGUCAUAAUUUUGCCGCUCAUUGGCCGACUUAUUCGACACAAAUAUUUUUUUUGAUAAAACUUUAUCAAAAAUACUCAAAUUUAGCAUUUAGUAAGAUAAAAGAUUUGAUAUGUUAUCGUUAUGCCUCUAUCAAUUUCGAUUUUCCUUUGUUUCUGUGGGUUUCUGUGUAGUAGUAAGGGGAAGGGGAGGUCAAGCCUGAGGAUCAAGAAGAAAGUAAGCUUCAAUUUGAACGUAAAGGCCUACGAGCCACUGCCAAAUCCUGAUUUCAGCAGUCACUUGUCAGAUAGCGACGACGAAAGGUGUCUAGAGAAGAAAGAAGAUUCAGGGGCAUCAGAGACGAGCAAUUAUCCCCCGGGUCAUCGAUACCAGAAUUGCAGGGACAGCUUUGACGAAGAGGAUGGCAUAGAGCUCGAGGACAGCGACAACAAUGGUGAUGACAGCGAUGAAAACGAUGAGGAUUACGAUAGUGCUGACGAUGGAAGAAUGAGCCAAGAAGAAGAGUUAGCAAUGGAAUCAGAGAACAGGGUCGAAUCUGUUGAAUUGGAUCGAGAAAUGAAGAGAGUUGAAUUGAAUUUCAAGGCAGCCAGAGACAGGAACCAGUAUGUGGUUUCUGUGCUGAACCCAGUUGAAAAUCUCACUCAAUGGAGGGCAGUAAAAGCCAGAGCAGCAGCAGCACCACCACCAGUGAAGAAGGAGAACAUUCCAUCACCAACUUUGAAUUAUAAACCAAACCAUAACCAGCCAAGGCCUGUAAUGGCAGAGAUUACAGUUGAUGCCAGCCUGUCAAACUGGUUGAUUUCAACCAAGACAGAAUCCAUCAAUACGGUUCCAAUCAAACACAAGCAAGUAAACCAAUUGUGAUAAACAGAAUGAAGGAUUCUGGGGCUGCAGAGGCUUACCUGAAGCUCAAGUGAGUCCUUGACUUGUUGAAGUUAAACAAAGAGUGUGAUAAUAACUCCAGUUUCAUUCAUUAUAUUGUAUCCUUCCUUUUGAAAUUUGUUGAGUUUGCUGAUUGUUUUGUGAAUGCUGAUGUCUUAUGGUGGUUCUGUUGUUGCCCAUAAAGGGUGAAUUUGUUUUUUGUUUAAAAGUAUUUUUCAGGCACCACCAAUAGUUUACUUUUAGUAUUCUAGGUUUCUGUGGCUUGUUUUUUGUUUCUAUCAAAACGUCUUACAUUAUAUAAAAAAAAACAUGUUA